UUCAAUACCUAUCUGAGAUUUACUCUUAGAUUCAUCCUUAUCUUAAUUUGAAAUCUUAAAUCGGUCCUUAGAUUGAAAAUGUGAACUAAGAUCGAAAUCUAAGUCUUAUUCUAAGAUCCUCUCUUAGAACCACUCUCAGAUUCGUCACCAAGCACGCGGUUCUAAAUAUAGAUUUUCUGUAGUUUCCCAGCGUUAAAAAUAGUAACAAAAAUGCGCGGACGUUGUAGAAGUUAUGCAGACGAUGUAAACAAAGAUGGCCGCGAAUAACGAGAAAAAGAGAAAUCCAAACUUUUCAAAAGAAGAAUGUUUGUUAAUUUGCAAGCUGAUGGGGGAGGAGAGUGGCCACGGCAUGUCAAAACACGCCUUAUAUAAGAAAGGCUAUACUUCAAGAAUCACCUCAGAGACGAAAAGAAAAAUGUGGGAGGCUGUUGAGAGAAGCUUCAAUGUCCAAUCUACAGGAAUACAUAGAACUGUAGACCUUCUAACUAAGAAGUGGGACAACUUGACCCAAGUCCACCGCCCUAAGUUCAUGGACUACAAAAGGCAGCUUCAUCUGACAGAUUUGACAAAUGCUGUCAUUGAUGUUAUUGGCAGGGAUGGCUGUGCCAUGGAUGGAAUCGGUGGAUCAGAAGAAUUUGAUUCAACAUGUAUACAGGAAAGCCAAAGCAGAUCAGAUGUUGGUCUCAAUUCACAGCCUGUAUAUCAGUUUGUAAAUGAUUACACGACAUAUCAGCCAGUGUUGGAGGCAGAUGAGGUUCCUGCCACGUUUCAUCUUUCAAGACCUGAGGCUAGCACGACUUCCAAAGUGUUCACAACCUCUACAUCAUGCAAUCGAUGUUGCUGUCAGGAGUGUAAAGCAAUCAGGCAGCUGCAAAAAAGAAAAUUAGAAUUAGAAGUGGCUAUUUUAGCAAAGCAAUUAAAAAAAGAACAAUAAAGAUCAAUAUGCACAUUGAGUGCUGAUGCCAAAUUUUAUUAAAAUUACAUACAAAUAUUUAAGUUAAAUUUUGUGGCAUUGACAGGUUAAAUUUGGAAAGAGAUUACAGUAAAGGACCUCUAACUACAUUCUUAAUAUCCGAUAUAUGUCUGUUGCCAAUUAUCAGCACAUUUUAGUACACUUUUAUUACAGAACAUAGUUAUGUAUUUUGGUACUCUUUAAAGUCUUUGAUUAAAACUACUGUUAACUUGCAUGUACCGAGUAUUUGGUAAUCCACCUUGUUGUUCAUUGAUGGCAUUUCAGAAAUUAUGCAACUUGUGUUCUGCACAACAGUGUUUUACCCAUACCUAAAGUUAUGUUUCAAGAGUAAGGCUCCAAAUUUGAUUAGUCUAUGUACAUUUCACUCAAGGGAUAUCCAUUUUUAACUUAUAUGGGGGAAAAGCACUUUAAACUACAUGUAAUACCACUCCCCUACAGAAUCAAAUUUACCCUAUUCAUUUGGGGUCCAAAUUAGCAAAAAGACACAUGUGACCAUAUACUGAAAAAAAUAUUUGCCUUUCCCCAUGUGGGUUAUAUAUUUAACUGAAAAAGCCAUAAGAAUAAGUGUUCAUGAGCAGAAUUUAUAUUUUGUUCAAUAGUAUUUUGCAUUGAAAACAAAUUCUUAGAUACAUUAUUGAAUGUGCCAUUGAUACUUUAUUUACUAUUACUUUUAACAAAAGAAUACAUUUUAUAAACAUUGUCAUAACAUGACAAAAGAUGCUAAAGCAUACUUGGUAAUGUUAAUGUUGAAAUAAAAUUAUUUUACCAAAGUAUGUUGAAACAAAGUGGUCUCUGUAUCUUAGCCCAAUAAGAUUGUUAGCUUGAGGCUGCACCCUGCCAUCAUCACCAUUUCCACCAUUAUUGUUGUCUUCUAUAGCUGCCAUGGGAAUGGCUCGCUGCUUGCAAACGUUGUGCAAAACACAACAAGCAAUGACUAGCCUUUUAAAUAGAAGUUAUACAUGUAUGAUAUAUAUAUAUAUGUAUAUAUAUAAUUAUAUAUAUGUAUUUGAUGAUUUAUAACUAACAUAAUAAUUUUAAGAAAUUAGCUUCAUGAUUUUUAAGUGCAAUUCCUUUCCUCCUUAAAUGUGUAUAGUAUCACUUGUGUGACCGUUUAAAUCUUAAUACAAAAUUUAUUAUGAAUGUAUACUGAAACUCUACACAACUUAACCAACAAUAUUGAAUUCCGUAUUGAAUUAACAUUCAUAAAAAAAACUUGUUGUUGUUAUAAUGUAUUGCUGUACAUGAGUAAAGUACUAAGUGUUACAAUUAAUUAUUUAAUGUAAUUGUAUUCUAUAUUCUGUAACAUAUUAUUAUUGUGAUAGUUUUAUUUGAAGUUAA